UUCGAGAUAGGGUUUCUCUAUGUAUCAGCCCUGGCUGUCUUGGAACAAGUUCUGUAGACCAGGCUGGCCUCAAACUCACAGAGAUCGGCCCUACCUCUGCCUCCCAAGUGCUGGGUGGGAUUAAAGGCCUGCACUGCCGCUGCCACCACUACCACCACCACCACUGACUCGUUAUUUAAUUUUUUUGCAUUGUAUGCAUCCAGGUGAUGCUGAGAUUUGCAUCACCGAGCAGCAGAGUGCUGUGUUACUGUUCUGUCAGUGUCUAGCUAGCUCAGAGCUCCUAUAGCCUCUUGAUGCAGGUGCUGUGUAGUGUCCAGUCUUGAGCCAAACCAGGUAAUUUCCUUCUCUUCCUCAAACUAGGGGACAAUAGUUGGCGUUGAGAGGUCAAGGCUGCGCCAUUUUAAAAUGAAGUAAAACAUUGUUUUCCCUUUAUGUAAGCAAUGUAUCCAUACUACUAAACUAAGAAAACAUGGAAGAAGUUGUAAUUUCUUGACUAUAGCAUAGCUACACGUUUUUUCAACAAAAUUGGGAAACCUACUCUUAAUUUUAGUAUAUUUUCAUGUGUCUAAAACAAGAAUUCCGGGUUGGAGAGAUGGCUCAGUGGUUAAGAGCAGGGGGGGGGUGUUCUUCCAGAGGUCCAGGGUUCAAUUCCCAGUGCCCAUAUGACAGUUCACAGCUGUCUUCCAGUUACAGGGGAUUAGACACCAUCACACAGACAUACAUGAGAAGCAAAACACCAGCGCACACAAAAUGAAAAUAAAUCAUUAAAAAUUAAAAAAAAAAUCAAAAACUGCCGGGUGGUGGUAUCGCACACCUUUAAUCCCAGCACUCAGGAGGCAGAAGCAGGUGGUUCUCUGUGAGUUCUAGGCCAGCCUGGUCUACAAGAGCUAGUUCCAGGAUAGGCUCCAAAGCUACAGAGAGACCCUUUCAAGACAAGCUUUUUCUGUGUAGCUUUGGCUGUCCUGAAAUUUACUCUGUAAUCCCUCCUGAGUGCUGGGAUUAAAGUGUGCACCUCCACCUCCUGGCUCAUCCAUGUCUCCCAUUUCACUAUUUGUGGUGGGUUUUCCUUUGUGCUUGCUUCUUGUGGCUUCAUUCACUGGAUAGGGAGUUCUUUUACCUUUUUGGUCAUAUGUCAGUGUGUUAAUUAUAUUUUAGUUAUAUUCAUGCUUAGCCUAAAAGUUGUUGAAAUUGAUUAGCUAACAAGGCUAAAUGUCUCUAAAUGAUGCUAUGUAUUUACAUAGCAGCGCCACAAACCCCCACUCAGUAUGAAGUCCUUGUGCGUUGAACUUACAUUAGCAAAUGAAAAAUGAUCUUAAAAAGAUCUUUUCAAUUCUAAAGUGGGAGAAAAUCAAGUUAGCAUACCUGUAACAUAUUGGUGUGGCUUGGUUGAAGCUCCUGAUUUGUCCCCCUGCCCUGUCCCUCCUGCAUGACUCUGGUUUUGUUUUUGUUUUUUUUUUCAACACAGUGUUUCUCUGUGUGGCUCUGGCUGUCCUGGAACUCACCCUGUAGCCCAGACUGGCCUCAAAUUCACAUAGAUCGAGCUACUUCUGCCUCCCCAGCACUGCGAUUAAAGGCCUCCACUGCCUGGCAGUAAUAAGGUUCUUUUUGUGGAGAUGAAGGGGUGUUGAAAUAGUCUUUUUAUGUAGUCCCGGUUGGCCUUAAACUUGGGAUCAUUCUCCAGAUGCUGGGAUCACUCCUGGCGUGUGGUUCAUUUGAAGUGUCAUUCACACUUUAUUGAUUGAUUGAUUGAUUGAUUUAGCUUCUUCCAGACAGGGUUUCUCUGUGUAAUCCUGGCUGUCCUGGAACUUGCUCUGUAGACCAGGCUGGCAUUCAAACUCACUGAGAUCCGCCUGUCUCUGCCUCCCGAGUGCUGGAAUUAAAGCCACCAUCGCUUGGCCACACUUUAUUCUUCCUGUGUGCCUUUGCUAUACCACUUUAAUUUCCUACUUUGCUUUACUUGAGUUUACCUUUGUUCACAAGAUCCUCUGCAUACACACAUUGCGGCUAUAUCAUUUUGUAACAGUUAUAGUAGCUAACAUUUGUUCAAUGGAAGCAAUUAGCUACAUUGCUUUAAAUGCUCUACUUCUCAUUUGAGGCUCACAACAACCCAUGAUGAAGUUCUGUCUUUAACUCUGCUUUACAGAUGGAGAAAUUAAGGCACAGAGAUUAAUUCGGCUAAUGUCACAAAGCUAGCAGGUGGUUACAAUAGAAUAAGCAUUCUCACUCCAGACCCUGUGUUUAUAACAACUUGGUUUAUUUCCUCCUACAAAUCAUCAGCCCACUUUCUUUAAAUUUUGACAACUGCAAUAAUGUUUUUGGAGCAUAAAGCAUAAAUGUAAUACCCAAACCAUAUAGUAACAUUCAGAAGGACACACUACUAUGCUUACAUAUUUUUUUCUUUUCUCAUUUGUUGUCCACUCCCCCUACCCCGACAAAGGGAGGGUCUCAUUAUCCCAGGCUGGCCUCAUGCUCAGUACGUGGCUGAGAAUGACGUUGAACUGCUGAUUUUCCUGUCUCUAGUCCUAGGAUCAUAGGCAUUUGCCCAUCAUGCCUCAUUUGGAGAGAUGGCUCGGCGGUUAAGAGCACUACCUGCUCUUUCAAAGGUCCUGAGUUCAAUUCCCAGCAACCACAUGGUGGCUCACAACCAUCUGUAAUGAAAUCUGGUGCCCUCUUGAGGAAGAGACCUGGUCAGUCGUCCUCAUCAACUUAAAUCAUGAAACCCAAUAUGGACAAGUUCAACAGAAUCACCAUAUACAGGCGACCCAUGCAUGCUUCAGCAUUGCCAGUGCAUAAAUUUCAUUUCAUUCAGGGAUCAAACCCAGGACUACAUGCAUGCUAGCUGGUUCGAUGCCCAGAACUGAAUGCUGUGCUCCAGCUGUGGUCUCACCGGUGCUGACUAGAGAGGAAGAGCCACCUUCAUAGCUUACAUGUGAUUCCUCUGCCUAUACAACCCAAUACUGGAUUUGCUUACUUUGGCAAGAUAGCUGCAUUGUGCACUGUAUUUAAUGUUACGUGUACUGUAACCCUGGGUCUUUCUCUGCAUUGCUGCCGUCAAACCUCAGUCCUGCCAAUCUAAAAGUCCUGCCUUUGUGUACCCGCCCUCUUCCCCAUAGACCCCCCACCACCACAUUCAUUCACAACGGAUGUCAUCUUUUUAUUCUCUAAUUCCCUUUUACUUUAAUCUUAAACUCUGGCAAGACUUUCACUCUGUCCUAUAAAUUGUCAGCUGUCAGCCCCCUCCCUCCCCGCUUUGGUAAUGGAGCACCCUACAAGCCUUUUCUCUAGUUCUUUUCCAUUUGUAGUCCUGUAACCCAGGCAUUUGGCAUGGUGGAUUCAUAAGCUUUCACCUGGUGUUUGUGAAUCAGGUGCUGGGAAUAACUCUGGUUGGCCCCUGAAGUUCUUGCCUUGCUUAGUCUAGAUUUCCUCAACUCCUCAGGACCUCUGUCUGGGUGGAUAGUAUAGUUUUACAGCCCCUCCUCCAGGGAGGAGGUGCGAAUGGACUGUCAACUUAAUAGAGAGAUUCCUAAUAGACAGUAAGAAGUUAACUGUUGUCUUUUAAUACAAUAGCCUUUAGUUUUUAAAUUUUUCCAGUUAGAGAUCAAUUUGCUAUACGUUUCUGAGGUGAAUGAGGUAAAUGAAGGAAGUGAAGCAAGAUUUUUUUAAUGUUAAGUAGGCUGUGGUUCACCGGGAAAGCCAAAAUUUGUAUCUUGUUGGAUUUGGUAGCUUACUCAAGUGGGAGCUGCAGCCUCAUCUUCCUGGACUCUGGAGCAUCCUGAUGCCUGAUUUAGAGAAGGGUUUUAGUUGGUUUGUUUAGGAUUGUUGAUACAGCCGCCCAGUCUUUUAAUUAUAUGCUUUAAUGAAGCAUUUAGAGGAUAAUGUAUUCUAUAAUCUUUUCUGUGGGUGGUAAGAAUUGGAAGGUCUCUAAAUGUCCUUUUUAUCUGUGUCUGAGCUCUCAAAGUGAAUCCUAGUGGGUCUUAGGGUAGCAGUUAAGACACCUCAACCCCUCCCCACACCGUCUUAGUGGAUGUUCCCUGUUUAAACAGACUGUCCUUGAGUUUGGGCAUUAUCAGACCUACAAGGUACUGUUUACAGGUAUUUGUAUCUUGAAGGAGAGAAAGUUGAUUUGAAAAUUUUAAUUUUAGUGCCAUUUCAGUACAUCAGAUUAUUAUCAUGGUUUUAGACAUCACUAAACACCUGGUAGAUGUCAGCACAUUGUAAGCAUGUGUUGCAGGUGUAUAUUACAACUAAGAGGUGUGUAUAGCUGCCAGAGACCGCUGAUUUUAGUAUUCGCAACUACAUAACCAAAGGAAAUUAUAAGCUCAAUUUGGUGGCUUUGAAGAAUGUCCUUUCUCUGGUUCCUCCCCAUGCAUAUUAUCAAAAUUUGGUGAACUUAUUUUUGAUCAAGAGAAUGAAAGUUUGCAAAUAUAGGAAGAAAUUCAUAGAUGUGCUUGUGCCUCUGUCACUUCCUCAUAAGUACGGUGCCUUUCUAAAAGGAAACGUUAGUUUUGUUCCUUAGCUUCUGGAGUAGCCCUCAGUGACAGAGCCAGUCAACUGGACUUUGGUGUUCUGUAGGCAGCCAGUGAGUAGUGAGACCAUCUCCAUUUAUGGUCUCAGAAGAGGGAAAGGGACAGGACUGGAACCCUCUAUUUACAGUCCUUAGGAAUCAAGAGUGGUUGGGGUGUUCUUGGAGGCAGAAACUAGGCAUUGUAAGAUAAAAAUAAAUUGUCAGGGGCUGUUUGCAAUUCAAAUUCCUAUCUCUGAGGAGGGCAGAGGGUGCUGGGAAAGGGGGGUAUGUCCAAAGUCAAGUGAGAUUUGCAGCGCUUGUCUCUUUCCUUUGGGAGAUUUGACCAUGACACACAUUUUCCAAGUUUAUGUUUCUGGAUUAUUCUAGAAAGUUUUGUUAUGGGGUCAUGAUUCUCUGUUGCAAAAAGAAAGCUGAGAUGACUUUUAAAGAGUUUGUGGGAAGCCUCGUUCUCUGUAAGGUACCAUUUGAGGCUGUGGGAGAGGUGCUAUGAAAGGGGUGCUGUUUGGGGGAUGACCAUGUCUCAUGCUUUUCUUAUUUAUUAUUCUUUUUGCCUGUGUGGAUUUCUGGCCUCAAGGGACAGAUUUAAAGAGUCUUUGAGGGAGUGUGGUAGACUGUCAACUGUCAUUUAAAGGCACUGCACUCUUCAUGGAAAUGCCCUCACGACCCAGACUUGGUUUCAUUUGGUGAGAAUAGGUCAAGUAUUGGCAUAUGGAAGGCAGUCUCUCCUUUAGGAGAAUCAGAUAUUCCUGAUAACACUUAUACAUUAAGUUAGAGAUAAACUAGUUUUAACAGUUCAGUUAGAAAAGUUAGAUUUUUGUCUCUCAAAAAAAUUCUGAGUGAAACUCUAUGUAGUAGAAAAGGGAUUGGAAGGAAGAACAGGAGGCGGAGACAAGGAGAGCCUGAGAGACCAGAGUGUCAAGCUGAGACAAGGCCUUGAUUCAUCUUUUGAUAGAUAUAUCGAGAAAGAUAGCAGGAGGUGUGCGCCCUUCACUUCGGGACACUGGGCUAGUCUGAAAUAUGUACAGAAUGAGAGGCCGUAAGAACUGAGAGCUGAACCAGACCACGUUACCCAGGUUUUGUCCUUGAGCUUGCACAAUGGUAUUUGCGGUGUGUCAAGUGACAGAGAAAGAGCAAGAUGACUGUCUCACCUCCUAGAAAGAUUGUUGGCCCUGCUUGUUGGUUUGUUUAGUUGACAAUUUCAGUUGGUAGACUAGUAAAAUGUAGAUAUUAAUGUAAUACUUCUUGGUCAUUGGGUCUGAGACUGGAGACUUAGGACAUUUUUGAUUUGAUUUCUGUUUAAAUUGUAGAAGUUUUUACCGUGACAGAGUGAGUUAGUGAGGAACACAGACUCUGUAAGGGAUCUGUCUUGUUAGCUACUUGUCUAGGCAACUGUUUUCCCCUGUACUCCUUAACCAAGGGUAAGGAAGAUGUUCUUCGCUUGGGGAAAUUCUUUUUUUCUGUCCUUCCCUCACGUUUUCCAAAUUCUGGGCACCAUAGCAGCUCUCUCUUGUGGCAGGUGUGCAUCCUAUUGGCUGGCUGGUAUUUCUUUUUUUUUCCUCCCCCUUAUCCUUUUUAAAUGGGGGAGGGGGCAUAUAAUAUGUGUAUGUGGGAAAAUGCAAUAAUGUUGUAAUGUUUCUUGUUGUUUUAAUUGAUAAUUGCAAAAUAAUUGUUUGAAUUAUAACAUGUUUGAGUAAAUGCUAAAUUAGUAUUUUUCUAAUAUAAUAAUGAAUUUGAAAUCUAGCAUUCCUGUAACAAUGUGUCUGUGUUUGUCUGUCCGUGUCUGUCUGAUAGUAAUUAAUAUCUGUGGUCCGUAUCUGGAGGAGGAAGUACAGCUUUAAAGGAAUAACAAAAGACUUUGUGUCUUAGACCCUUCGCAGGUGUUACAGUCGGGUGAAAGAACAUGGUGUUGGGAAAAGAAAGAGCAGUUACACAUUUGAACAGUUGGAACAGGUGUUUGGUCAGGGAGGAUGGGAUGCUCAGCCCUGCCAGCCUGUACUUAUUAACAGUAGUGGCUUGUACCAGGAGCUGGAGUCAGAUGGCAGCACUAUGGAGGACUAUUCACAGGAGGACUGGGGAAACCACAGUCAGGAUCUCCAUGGCUAUCCAACAGAUCAGGAAUUGGAUGAAAUGCCAGUUUCAAAGAGAACAUUAAAAAUAAAACAAGAGUCUCCUGAAGAAGCACAGAAACGAGACACCAUGCAGAAUAUUGUACAGAUUUUGGAGUCAGUACAGUUGAAAUGGGAACUGUUUCAGAGUUGGACAGACUUUUCAAGGCUCCAUCUUUCCAAUAAAUUGGCCAUUUUUGGAAUUGGCUAUAACACCCGCUGGAAAGAGGAUAUCCGUUACCAUUACGCUGAGAUCAGUUCCCAGGUGCCCCUUGGUAAGCGUCUUCGGGAGUACUUCAACUCCGAGAAGCCUGAGGGACGAAUAAUCAUGACUCGAGUGCAGAAAAUGAACUGGAAGAAUGUUUACUACAAGUUCCUAGAGAUCACUAUUAGUGAAGCCAGGUGCCUGGAGCUGCACAUGGAAAUCGACUGGAUACCCAUUGCCCACUCCAAGCCAACGGGUGGGAAUGUUGUUCAGUAUUUACUGCCAGGAGGGAUUCCGAAAAGUCCAGGUCUUUAUGCCAUUGGCUACGAAGAAUGUGUUGAGAGGCCCCUCACCCCAGAUGUAGAGCGCCAGGCCCUGGACCCAGGAAAAGAAGGCCGGGUUGGCCUGGAAACCCUCUCAGCACAAGCCUCGUUGCACGUGGAAAUAGAACCCACCCGGAUCAUCUACUGCUACCUCGGAAUUGCUGAGGUCAGGACUCUGCAACAGUGCUUGUUUUUACAUUUCCAAGCAAAUACCAAAACCUUCAGUAAGGAGUGGGUUGGUAUUAAUGGAUUUUUGUCUCAGAACUGUAUUGUGGAUCCUGGAAUUUCCCCCAAAUCCAUCUAUAUCAAAUUUGUAGAAGUAGAGAGGGAUUUUCUUUCUGCCGGCUCAUUAGUUGAGUGUCUGGAAAAAGCCAUCGGAUAUCCCUUAAAAUUUAACAACUGAGUAUCAUCCUUCAUAAGGAUUUGGGCGUGUGCAUUCUUCUCCAUCCUUCCUGUUCCCCAGACUACCCCCAGUCCAAAUGCUGCCCUCAGCCUCUCCGUGGGAAUUCUGUCCACGAUGAGACCAAUGUGCAACCUCUCAAGCAGCAUAGCAGACACUGGGCAGAAAGGCAGACCUCGCCUGAAAUGCUCAUUUCGAGCAAGCAGGUCUUGCAUGGUGGGUCAGUUCUUUUUUAAAAAAAGAAAACAUUGAUUUUUAAAUGGAUUUUAGAGCCCUGAAAUGAACAAAUGUAGGUACAUUCCAUAUUGGACAAAACUUAUACUUUGAGUUUCAUAUGAAAUUGAAAACUGUAUUUUUUUCACGAUGUUUCAUUUUUACACAUCUCUAUAAGUAUUAUUUACAAGCUUGAAUAAAUAAGCAAUAGAUAAUGACAAGUACAUCUUGAAUCACAGUGAAUAAGGCUGUUUUUCAAUAUUACCUUUAGCUACUAUUGUAUAUAAUUUAGAGUUUCAUCUUUUUCACCAACCAAGUGUUUUGCUAUUUCCAAUCAGUGUUGCCUGCAAAGACUUUUGUUUAUGUGAUGUACAAUUUUUAUGGUUGUGUUACCAUUUAAAUUAAAAAAAAAAUUAAAGGAAUUCCUGACCUUUUGGGUUGCUAGUUGA